AUGUCUACAACCACAACGAUAAUAGAUGGUAAGAACGGAUCCGUUCCCUCAUCAUCCAUGAAAGUGGGCAAGAAAUCAGUUACGGAAGACCUCGUGACAACAUUCAGCUCACCAGCAGCAUGGCUUCUUGUUGUUGCUCUGAUUGUUACCUGGUCAGCAGUAGCUAUUGUAAUGUUUGACUUGGUGGAUUACAAAGACUUUGCAGGAAGAUCUGUUAACAAGCUCAGCACAGAACCACUGAGAAUCAUUCAUGAGACAUUGGAAGAAUCCACUGAUUGGCUUUAUGGCUUUAUUUCUUUACUGUCUGACAUCGUAUGGAGUGAUGAUGAUGACAGUGAUGAAG